AUGGACUUCUCGGACGUCGGCGUCCGACACACAAUUCUCAACAGUGUUCAGUUGCACCACUUCAUUGACGUUUCUCCUUCUGCCGCUGCCAUCGCCAAGGAGGCUCGCCUGUGUGUCAUUGCCAUUGUCGUCGGGUGGAUCACGACUCGCGUUGUUGCUAGAGAUUUUACUUUAUCUGCCACAAUGAGAACGUUCUCUUCCAUUGCCCUGCUCGCCAUUGGCGCUGCUGCCCAGGUGAUUGAGAGCCAGAGCUUCGGCUACGGUAAAACGAUAUCUCCGAGCCGAGACUCGAUUCCGGGAUGGAAAAUUGGCGGAGAGGGCCAUGAGCCUACUCUUCUCUCCGACAAGCUCAUCUUAACACCCCCUUACCCCGGAAACACACGAGGAUCCGCCUGGACACAAAGCCCUGCCUCCCAACAAGAAUGGUCCGCAGAAUUUCAAUUCCGAGCUAGUGGCCCGGAGAGAGCUGGUGGUAUUCUCCAGUUAUGGUAUGCCAAGGACGGCCAGGCCCGAGUUGGAACCUCGAGCAUCUACACCGUGGGCCAAUUCGACGGCCUUGCCCUGGUUAUUGAUACGCAUGGUGGACGCGGUGGAAGUGUUCGCGGAUUCUUGAACGACGGAACAACCGACUACAAGAGUCACCGUAGCGUCGACAGCCUCGCCUUCGGUCAUUGCGACUAUGCCUACCGCAACCUAGGCCGGCCCUCUGUGUUGAAGCUGAAGCACACCAACUCGCUCCUCGAGGUGACCGUGGACGACAAGGUCUGCUUCUCAACCAACAAGGUCGCUCUGCCCGCUGGCAACACAUUCGGUAUCACAGCCGCCACCCCUGAAAACCCCGAUUCCUUCGAGAUCUUCAAGUUCGCCUUAGAAUCUGCCUCUGGCCAAGGUGCUCCCUCGUAUCAGAACAGCGCUCCCCAGCAGCAGCAGCAGCAGCAGCAGCAGCAGCAGCAGCCAGUCCAGAACCAGCCACCCCAGGCCAACUCUCCUCCAGUUGCCUCCUCUGGCAACACCGUUCUCGAUGCCGGCAUCGCCGCGCAGUUCGUUGAUCUGGGCGGUCGCCUCCAGCUUACCAACAAGGCCACCAACACCAUCCUCCAGGACAUGAGAAACCAGGCCGCCAAGAGCGAGUCUCGGCAUGCGGAACUGCAGCAGAACCUGGCGACGAAGAGCGAUGUUGCCGCUGUCGAAGCUCGCCUCCAGCGCAUUGAAACCCUGCUCCAAAGCGUCCAGCGUGAUGUGCAGGGACGUGAUUACAGCGGCAGUUUCAGCCAGCUCCACGAUACCCUGCGGUCAUCGCAUCUCAGCUUGACUGAGAGCCUGCAGGGCCACCUGCUGAGCGCCAUCACUGCCUCCACUCCUCGCAUGGGCUUCUUCAUCUUCCUGGUCAUCGCCUUCCAGGUUCUCCUCGCAGGCUCCUACAUCAUCUACAAGCGCCGCCGUGCCAACAUGCCCAAGAAAUUCCUCUAA